CAAAUAUGUUCAUUUCAUUGUCCAAUAAAAAUUGAGCUUUUUAAAAUUUCACAGGAAGUCGAUCGUUUUAACAGAAAACUGGUGGCAUCUGAUUUUGUUCUGUCGUCAUAUUAUGGCUCAAAAUAUAAAUCCUCAUUACGCAUCUUCGUCUAAUCCGGCGAAACAGAAUGAGGACACGAUUAAGUUGAAGGAUAAUCAUGCAGUCAGCAAACGACUUCAAAAGGAGUUGAUGGAGCUAAUGAGAUGUGCAGAUAAAGGUAUAUCUGCGUUUCCCGAGUGUGAGAAUUUGUUCAAAUGGAUUGGCACCAUAAACGGCCCACAGGACACGGUUUACGCGGGACAUAAGUACAAAUUGUCUUUGGAGUUCCCAAAUUCGUAUCCAUAUGCGCCUCCUGUAGUGAAAUUUUUGACCCCGUGCUUCCAUCCUAACGUGGACACGUGCGGACUAAUAUGCUUAGAUAUUUUGAAGGAUAAGUGGACGGCGUUGUACGACGUCCGCACAGUAUUAUUAUCGAUUCAGAGCCUUCUCGCCGAGCCCAACACGCAGAGUCCACUGAAUCAACAAGCUUCGUACCUGUGGCCAAAUCAGCCAGCCUAUAAGAAGUACCUAGAAGAAUUUUAUAAUAAAAACAAAGACUCAUAGUUUGAUAGUGUCAUCUCAUAUUAUGUUUUGAGUUGCGUUGUAAUUUGUGUUGUGAAUGUAUGAUGUAUGUCUGAAACGGGACAAUGAGACGAUGGGCUGUGUGUCCAAAUCUUCAGAGUGAUUUUAUUUUUUAAACUUAUAAAACUAUUAACCAUUCCAUUUUUAUGAUUUAUUUGAGAAUAGUUAACAAUUAUAUUAAGAAGAUUACUACAC